AUGGCAUGUGACGUGGUUGAAUUAUUAAAUAAGAUUGAAUGGACUAGUGAUGUUAAUUUGGUUGGUGUUUCCAUGGGUGGUAUGAUUUCUCAGGAAUUAGUAUUACUCAAACCUCAUUACUUCAAAUCUUUAUGUCUUACAUCAAGUACUCCAGGAUUAACAAUACCACCGAUCAAUGGUAUGCUUAUGUUUAUGAAAUUAAUGGCGAUAAAAAAUCCUAUUGCUAAAUCUCAACUAGCCGUUGAUGUAUUGUUUCCCGAGAAUUGGUUGAAAUCUCCACCAUCGAUCGAAUCAUCUCAUAAUACAAAUAGAGAUCAUGUGAUUGAAUCACUUAUUCGACGUAUUAAUAACACUAGAAUUCAACCUGUUAGAGGUGCAAUUGGGCAAAUUUCAGCAUGUUUAAGACAUUAUGUUUCUUCUGAACGUCUUCAAAUCAUUCGAGAUAAAAUUCCACAAAUUUUAGUGGUGACUGGAAGUUGGGAUAAUCUUGUUAGACCGUCAAAUAGUUUCUAUCUGGCUGAACAACUAAAUGCAGAUUUUGAAUAUUUUGAAGGUAAUUCAAUUAAUCAAUUUAUUAAUAAUAUAUAA